AUGCUUCAUGCAUUGUAUUUUCAAAAAUCAAGUCAUGGAACCUGGAAAAUCAUCUACAACAACAAACACGUUGAAACUGAAACAUACAAUCUUGAAAAACAAAGAAACAAACCAAUGUUUCUCCCGGCAGCAGAAGGCCACUCACUUGCCAUUUUGUCUGCUUAUCUAUUGAACUGGUUGAGAUCAGGCACAGUAAACAAAUACAUUAGCAACACCAAUGUGUUUGAGCAUUCAGGGAAGUUUUACUCAAUUGCUGAAAGUCACAUGCCACAAGAGAUUGAUAUAUUUUCCUUGAAAACUUUGAACAAUUGGGAACUCAGUGAAGCUUGGAAUCGACCUUUUACAAGUCAUCCAAAGAAAGCUCCAACUACAGAAGAGCUAGUUAUAUUUGGUUUUGCGCCAACUAAACCUUAUGUUGUGGUUGGAAUUGUUUCUGCUGAUGGAAAGAAGUUGGUUCAUAAAGUUGAUAUCAAACUAAACAGGUGUAGUAUUUGCCAUGACAUAGGUGUUACGCAAAGGUACAAUGUGAUCAUGGAUUUUCCACUAACCAUUGAUCUUAUCAGACUUCUAAGAGGAGGACCAUUGAUGAAGUAUGAUAAGAAAGAAUACGCAAGGAUUGGUGUAAUGCCUCGCUAUGGUAAUGCCGAGUCUAUCAAAUGGUUUGAAGUGGAACCUAAUUGCACCUUUCAUAUUAUCAAUUCUUUUGAGGAUGGAGAUGAGGUUGUAGUGAGGGGAUGCAGAUCGCUUGACUCUUUAGUUCCUAAGCCUGACCCGUGUUCGAAAGAAUUUGACUGCUUAUCUCGUUCUUAUGAAUGGAGGUUGAACAUGCGAACCGGAGAGGUCAAGGAGAAAGAUCUUUGUGGUGACCAAGUUGUUUAUAUGGAUUUUCCAAUGAUCAAUGAAAACUUUGUAGGUAUUAAGCAUAGAUAUGCUUACACACAAGUAGUUGAUCACAUUGCAAGCUCUACCACUCAAGACGUGCAAAAGUAUAGAGGUUUAGCAAAGCUAUAUUUUGAAGAAGCGAAGAUAGAAAAAGAUGAAGGUAUAAAGAUGGAAUAUCAUAUGUUUGAGAAGAAUACAUAUUGCAAUGGAGCAGCCUUUGUGGCUAGAGAUGGAGGUGUUGAAGAAGAUGAUGGUUGGAUCAUUACUUUUGUUCACAAUGAAGAUACUAACAAAUCUCAAGUUCAUAUAAUUGAUACAAAGAAUUUCUGUGCUCAGACAGUUGUCAAAAUUGAAUUGCCUUGUAGAGUUCCAUAUGGAUUUCAUGGAGCUUUCAUGCCAAUCUCAUUCCAAGAUCACUAG